AGACCUCUACAGCACAGAGAUUCAGCCACGACACCUUCAAUCACUUCAGCAAUGAUCUACUCUAAGAACCACCUGACUCUGACCAACAAGCUAAGAAAGCCUGUGGUGGAGAAGCAUAGAUCGUAUCAACAGCAGCCUUUCCUGGGUCCAGAGAUCCUCAAUCAGCAGCCCGUCUCCAAGCUGGAGAAAGCAACCAUCCUGGAGCUGACAGUUUGCUUCCUGAGACAACAACAGUACCAGCCAGUGAGCUCCUCCUCCUGUUCAGUACCUGUCAAUCAGGGUUGCUCCAGAUGUGUCCAAGAGAUUGUGCACUUCCUGUCCAAGGAUGAGGUGAAGAAACAGUCCCAGAGAAGACUGCUGAGCAACUUCCAGAGCCUGCAGCCAUCCUCUGAUAAGAACAGAAUGGAGAGUGACCUGCCUCAGCUCAGCUCCCCAACCCAGCACAGCAUCAGCAAAGACUAGAGUCCAGUCAACAGCGCCCUCUGGAGGCCCUGGUAGAGUCCUACAGACUGAAGCUCCCCUCGCAGACAAUCACAAUGGACCAUGUUGGUCUAAAAUGUAUGUCAUUGACAGUAGUGAGAAUAGGAAGAUAUGUUCCUCAUAGGUUUUAAACGUCUUGUUGUGACUAAGAACAUUUUUUUAAUGAAAAUGUAAUUGAAUAAUCCAUAUUUGUCAUUUUAUUUUAAAUAAUAACCUUUAUGUUUUAUGAAACGUGUCAUGUUGAUCAUGAUAAACAAUAACUUGAAUGGUCCUCCAUGAGGAUUUUUAACCAAAAAUAGGUUUUAUAUCAUCAAACUGUUUGUGAUUGUCUGUACGACUCAUCUGUUUUAAGCUCAAACCAUAUAGGAAAACGUUUUGUUUACACUACAUUUUUCUCAUGUUAAGGUAAUAUUGAAAAGUUAUUGAGUAUGUAUCAGUCUGAGUAUUUAUCCAUCAUGAGUAUUUACCCCAAAAUGAUAGAAUUUGCUUUAUGUGAAUGUUAUUCUGAUCAUUUCAGUGAAGAUAUUACAGAGAAAUGUGUGUUUUCUCAAUGUAAAACCUCUUGUUUAUUUUAAACAAUUACAGCGAGGGAAAAAGUA